AUCCGCGGCCGUGACUGCCGCCGCCGCUGCGUGCUUAACGGGCGGCCUCCGUCCGGCCCCAGUCGCCGCGUCAGGGGGCGGCUGCCCCGUUGGGCCGGGGGCGGGAGGCCGGACGGGAGGAGCGGGUCAUGGCGUGAGGCGCUGCGUCGGGCGAGGCGGAGCAGCGCGGGCGGGCGGCCCCGGGCACGCUCCCGCCCGUCUCUUGGGGGUCUGCCCGCCACCGCCGCGGCCUCCCUCGGGGCGAGGGGGCUGGUGACGCCCGGGCCUGUCAGCGGGCUCGCUCCGGGGCCCGGCUCGCCGCGGCGGUGCUAGUGAAAGUGUGGGAAAGCAUAUGCUUGAAGCAUGCAACAAUAAUCUGGAGAUGGCUGUCACCAUGUUUCUGGAUGGUGGAGGCAUAGCAGAGGAGCCUAGCACCAGUUCUGCAGGGGUGUCUGCUGUUCGACCACACACUGAGGAUGAAGUACGAGCUCCAAUUCCUCAAAAACAGGAAAUUUUAGUAGAGCCUGAGCCCUUGUUUGGAGCUCCUAAAAGACGCAGACCUGCGCGCUCAAUAUUUGAUGGCUUUCGGGAUUUUCAGACAGAAACCAUUCGACAGGAGCAGGAGCUACGAAACGGAGGGGCAGUAGAUAAGAAACUCACUACUCUAGCAGAUCUCUUCAGACCUCCCAUUGAUCUGAUGCACAAAGGCAGCUUUGAAACGGCCAAGGAGUGUGGUCAAAUGCAGAACAAGUGGCUCAUGAUAAACAUUCAGAAUGUGCAAGAUUUUGCCUGUCAGUGUCUCAACCGUGAUGUUUGGAGCAAUGAGGCUGUGAAGAACAUAAUCCGGGAGCAUUUCAUUUUUUGGCAGGUAUACCAUGACAGUGAGGAAGGACAGAGGUACAUACAGUUUUAUAAAUUAGCAGACUUCCCUUAUGUUUCCAUCCUGGAUCCCAGGACAGGUCAGAAACUAGUGGAGUGGCACCAGCUAGAUGUGACUUCUUUCUUGGACCAAGUGACUGGGUUCCUGAGUGAGCAUGGGCAGCUGGAUGGCCAUUCUACCAGCCCUCCUGAAAAAUGUUCUCGUUCAGAGAGUCUCAUUGAUGCCAGUGAGGACAGCCAGUUGGAAGCUGCUAUCAGAGCCUCAUUACAGGAGACACAUUUUGAUUCCACACAGGCCAAGCAGGAGAGUCGGUCAGAUGAAGAGUCGGAGUCAGAGGUUUUCUCUGGAAGUGAGGAGUUUAUUUCAGUUUGUGGAUCUGAGGAGGAAGAGGAAUCGGAGAAUCCUGCCAAGUUGAGGAAGUCUCCACACAAGGACUUGGGGUAUAAAAAAGAGGAGAGCCGAAGGCCUCAGCCUGAACCCCCUGCAAGGACUGAGCCUGGAACAACAUCAAAUCACAGAGUGCUGCCCUGCAUUGAUGCAGGGGUACUGGAGGAGUCAACUGACAAGCCUGAAAGUACAUUCCAGGGCCUGGACGUAAAUGGACCAAAGGCACAGCUGAUGCUAAGGUAUCCAGAUGGAAAGAGGGAACAGAUUUCACUGCCUGAACAAGCUAAACUUCUGGCUCUUGUGAAACAUGUCCAGUCAAAAGGAUACCCCAAUGAGCGCUUUGAACUUCUCACCAACUUCCCUCGAAGGAAACUCUCCCACCUGGACUAUGAGAUCACAUUACAGGAAGCAGGCUUGUGUCCUCAAGAGACUGUCUUUGUGCAGGAAAGGAAUUAGCACCAUGGCCUGAGUUCUCCCAGCCUUCCUUCCCUCUCCUCUUUGCCUGGGACACCAACUCAUUAAAUACACAGUCAUGGGAUUGCAGUGCUGAAAUCAGGCAGCUGGCUGGCCCUUCUCUCUCUUCUUCCCUUCUCCUGCUCUAGUGACCAAAUGAGAUUGUUCAGAGUUUUAUUUUCUUCCUUCAGCUUAGGCCCUGCAGAGAGCAUUGGAAAGAACAUCUUUCCUUUGCUUUCAUGGAAUUAAGUAAAGCAAUGAUCUGUGUAUCUGGUAUGUUGGGGCUUGGAGAGGCCACAGUACACAUGCCCUUCUCGCUGCUAUUUUUAAA